GUUUGUUAUGACACAAACACUCUGUUUAUGAAAUAAUUAUUCUGAACAUAACCCUAACGUUUUAGAACAACAAAUAUUUUGUUGUUUUGUUUGAUUUAUUUUGUUUUAUUAUACAUAAUAACACUAAGAAAUGGAUUUUAAACAAGAGGAUGAUUUUUGGAAUGCUACAUCUGGACGUAGUUUUGCUUUCGAUGAUGAGGAUGCUGAUUUGAAUCAGAUUAAAGAAGAUGAUGAUGUUUUUCAUUCUACACUUCAAACCUCCAUCACCUUGCCUUUGCAGUCCAUCAUUUCAGCAGAUAACUUAAAAUUAGUUCUAGAUGAUAUUAUUCUACCAUGUGAUAUUCCUCUAGCAACAAAAACAUCUCAGAUGGAUGAUAUUAUUAAGAAGUUGUGCCUUGGAAUAAAUUGCUCAUUGCAAGACUAUAAAAGUCAGGAAGAUAAACUUUAUCUGUUAGAUAAAGCAAUUGAUUCUUCUGAUGGAAAUGUUAUAUUAAAAGUUGUAUUGUUUAUUGUUGGUACAUUGAAAAAGAAUAUUGUCUUUAGGCACUUGGCAACAAGACCUGUUGCAUUACAACAAUACAGUAAUUAUUUAGCUAGUAUGAACAAGCUUGACGAAUUGCAUCUUUUAUACAUGGCUACAGGGAACCUGAGAAACUUGUCAAAUUUAUUCUAUCUUUCUGGCAAAAACACAUCUACAUCGAGCAUUCAUAAAAAGUUAACGCAAUUCAUCAUCGAGCACUUGGACAGUCUUGAUGAUGAGUUUGAGAAAGAAUUGUUCAAAGAGCAUAAACGAUUUCUUGAUUACAAACUUGAACACAAAUUGCCGGAUGAGUUGACAACGCCCUCUGCAAUAUUCGCGCAUUUAUGCAAGGUUAAACUCGAUAAACUAUCUGUCGAAGAUCCAGAACUACAACAAUUCCUGAAGUUAACAAAGAUAUCACCGUUUAAAAGCGAAUGGAUAAUGUUAAACACAAUCGCAGCACACGAACGCUGGCCAAUGCUCGACAACAUCUUCGAAACUCAAAAGUGGUAUAACCUCAAAAGCGUCGGUAAAAGUUCAUCACGCAAAUACAACGUAAAUAUCGAAACAAUCGUCAGCGCUUUGCACAAGCACGGAGCACCUAGAAGCAUCAUCGAAGACUUCCUCAAACGUAUGGACGACUCCGACAAAGCUUUAUACUUGGGUAAAAGGUAUGAAUGUCAUAGUUUUGUGGUAGAUACCCUUUCAUCACGUCGAGACCGCGUCGGAUUGAUGGAAUACAAAAGCUCAAUCAUCAAUCAAUCAGAUUGGGUGCAUGUGAUUGACAAAGCACUGCUAUCCGAUAAGAAAUGGGUGAAUUAAUAGGUUAGAAAAGUACGGGCCUGUAUUGCACUGAUUCUAUGAUGUUGGUUAGUAUUUCACCCGCUAGGGUGUAUCACGAUCAGCCGAUGAUUCGGACCUGCCUGCCGGAUGAGGUUGAUGUCGUUUCGGCGGUGGUUGCAA